UAAAACGUGGCCGUUACUUCAGUGUCUCUGUAUUGGAGUGUGACUAAGGCAUUAUCAAACGGGGACCGGCAAAAGGGCCAACUAAGAAGUCUAUGGUACAUCUGGAAAACAAAAGAGAAAGCUUAGCAGAAAAGAAGAAAGGUGGAAAAGGACUUGUAUGGGGUUGCUUACAGACAAGCGCAAGAGGAAGUGCAUUGGCAAAUCAACCUCAUUUUUCAAGUGAGCCCAGGAGGGAGUCAAAACAGGUCCCAGGGUUAGAAGACAAGUGUCACAGUUCAGACACGCUUGGAAAAAUACCCCUGUUAAAAAGCAGAACAAAACCCUGGUGCAAAAUGUCCCUCAAGUUGCCGCGGAAUUGGGAUUUCAACCUGAAGAUGGAUGCUGGAAAAAUAGCUCGUUCCAGGAGCAUGAUGACUGGGGAUCCCAUGGCGGCUUGUAACUGGAUGGCUUCCCACAACCAGCUGGAGCGGCCCUUGAAGAUCGGCUGGCUGAAGAAGCAGCGCUCCAUUGUCAAGAACUGGCAGCAACGGUACUUCGUUCUUAAGGGCCAGCAGCUGUUUUACUACAAAGAUGAGGAGGAUGCCAAACCCCAGGGCUGCCUGUUUCUGCAGGGAAGCACUAUCAAGGAGGCAGCUGGCAACCCAGAGGAAGCAGGGAAGUUUAUCUUUGAAAUCAUCCCAGGGGUCUCGGGAGACCAGAAUCGGACAGGACAAGACUCCUAUGUACUGAUGGCCAACUCCCAGUCUGAGAUGGAUGAGUGGGUUAAAUCUAUCCGAAGAGUGGUGGGAUCUCCGUCAGGAGUGGUCUUUGGCCAGCGCCUGGCCGAGACGGUGGCAUAUGAACAGAAAUUCGGAAAGCACCCGGUCCCCAUCUUGAUGGAGAAGUGCGCAGAGUUCAUACGUGAGCACGGCAUGAAUGAGGAGGGCAUCUUCCGACUUCCUGGCCAAGACAACCUGGUGAAGCACCUACGGGAUGCGUUUGAUGCUGGGGAAAGGCCAUCUUUUGACCGUGACACCGAUGUACAUACGGUGGCUUCUUUGUUCAAACUCUACCUGAGGGAACUCCCCGAGCCGGUUGUGCCCUGGUUGCAGUAUGAGGAUUUUCUCCUGUGUGGAAUGCUCCUGAAUGCUGAUGAAAUGAAGGGUCAGCAGGAGCUAGUGAAGCAGCUGUCCCUGCUUCCCCGAGUCAAUUACAACCUUCUCAGUUACAUCUGCAGGUUCCUACAUGAAAUACAGCUGAAUUCCAGCAUUAACAAGAUGAGUGUGGAUAACCUGGCAACAGUGAUUGGAGUGAAUCUCAUCAGGCCAAAGAUAGAAGACCCUGCAGCUAUAAUGAGAGGCACUCCCCAGAUCCAGAGAGUGAUGACAGUGAUGAUAAGUGACCAUGCCAAGCUCUUCCCUAUCUCAAAAGAUGAGAGCUCUUCGCCACCCUCCCAAAGGAGCAAUUCCAAGAAAAUCCAAGUGCCCCGCAGUUCUGUGGGCUGGGAUGCUGCAGAAGAACCGCCAGCGUCUAAGGCAAACAUUUUAACCCAAGGCCAAACGAGAGACGACCUAGAUGCCAGCAGCCCCACGUCCUCUGGAGCAGCAGCCCAGCUGGGUGCUCUGGUUGAAGAUAAUGACACAAAUCAACCCAAAGAUGCAUUGGGAAUGUGGAAAACACAGUCCAGGAAAAGAACUCAGACUCUUCCCAACAGGAAAUCUUUCCUAACUGAUUCCUCGCAGGGAGAGAAAGCCAACAGUGAUAAAAAUGACAUAUUCUGCAAUGACUUUUGGACAUCUUCAGGAAGUCAGGUUUCACCUACCUUCCCAACUGAUGGACACAAAAGAACAUUGUCUCAGGAUCUUUGUAAGCUGCUCGACCUUCACCGGACUUCGACCUAUGACAAUGUCCCUACCUGCCAAGCUGAGGGCAGGGAGAACACUUGCACUAGGCCUCUCAGGACGGCAAGCUGCAACUCCAAGAAAGAUUUGUUAGCAAGCCAAAGCCCAAGCCUGGUGCCAAAGGAACUAGUGGGUCCAAACCACGAUGCCGAGGACUGUGGCUCUGGUCAGGAGAACCAGGAGUCCCUUCAAAAGAUGAUCCUGGAGCUGAAAAAAGAAAUGGAGAUGCAGAAAAAGGACUAUGAAGAGCAAAUGAAAAGCCUCCACAAGGAGAACUACGAAGUCUGGGCCAAAGUGGUGCGGCUGAAUGAGGAGAUUGAGAAAGAGAAGAAGAAGUUUGUGGAGCUGGAACUGAAGCUUCAGAACGUGGAGCGUGCGCGGGAGGAUGUCGAGAAGAGGAACAAGGUGCUGGAGAAGGAGGUCCAGGACUUAGUUAAAUCCAGGAGUGAUCCCAGGGACAAAAGAAAAUAAGAGAAGGACCCUGAUGUGCACACACAGGGGGCACAGCUGGGACAAAGAUAAAAAUUGCCAGACUGGAUUGAAUGAGGGGUCUCUCUCGUGUCCAGCAUUCUGUUGCUAUGAAUGACCAGCACUAGCAGCUUCGGUGGAAACCGCCAGGAGCUCUACAGGCUAAUCAUCCUCGUGGGAAAGUUCCUUCCUGACUGCCAGUAGGAGAUGUUGGAUUGUGCCCUGAAGCGGGAGGGUUAACUUCCUUUUCAAAACUCUCUUUUCUUUUUUUCUUUUUAUCUGUUAUCUGUGUAAAUGGUCAAUACUUUUCGGAAUUCUGCUAAACACUUGGACUGAAUAAUACCAUGUGGCAGGGAGUUCCACAUAUCAAUUCAGAGACGUUCUGAAGGAAUCUCUGUCCCACAGUAGUUCUCUGGCCUGGAGGGUGAUAACACCUGUGGGAGAAAGGAUUGGUGAUUUUUCAGUUUCUCAGAGAGGACCAAAAGUAACAUUGAAAAACUGGAAGAGCCUUAUCAUGACAUAGGCUAUUGGCUGGCCAUUGUACUGCACUCUAAGGCUGCAUCUAGACUGCCAUGAUUUUGUGCAAAAGUGGCUGCUUUUGUGCAAAAUCUUGCCGCCUGUCUACA